GUCUUGGCGCCAAGGGUGUCUUCUAUUGCUCGUAACGAGUUGGUAGAGUGGCUGAAGCUUCGCAAGGAGUACGAAGAGGCGGUGAAGGAGCGCUGCAAGGACGGCAAGGAGGACAUCAAGGCGGUGCUGAAGAGCAUCAAGAACUCGUUUGACGACGACUUGCUGGAGACGCUGUGUGAGGUGAAUUGGGGCGUCGCGAAGGACGACCUGACUGAUGAGUUUCUGCUGGAGCAGAUUCACGCCAUCACCGACAGCUACCAGAACCGAGCUGUUCCAGAA